CACACUAUCACACUGCAGUUUGUCGUGGACAGUGCAUUCACUGCAACCACCAAACGAACAACAAACAACAACCCCGAGAGCUUGUCGCUACCGUUGAUGUUGCUAACGCUGUUUAUUGUUAUUGUUGCUAACGUGCGAAUACACAUUCAUCCUCCGCCCAGUGCGUGGAUGGUACCACUCUCUGAACGCGUUCAGAUUGAUUGUCCUACCGUUAUUAUUAAGUUGUUGUCAAGUUCUAUUUAUUAUUAGUUUAUUUUUUUCUAUUUAUUGUUGUUGUUAAUUAAUGGUCAGUGAAAUGGAAAAUUGUACCAGUGAUGAUGUGCGUUUGACCAGUGCUGGAGCGGCGGUACCAAACUGUGGAAGUGCGCGACAAUCGCCAAAAAUAACGGCGUCCAUCGUACCGUCGCCUCUGCCGUCGGCGUCUAUCCUCCGAAAUUCGGCGUCCCCUUCGAUGCCAAGGAAGAUCGUCAGCAAGAACAACAACAAUACCAUGUUCCCUACUACUUUUCCAAGCAAUCUGGCGGAACUUCAACUAUACAGGGUGAUGCAGAACGCGUCUCUCUUAUACUACUAUGAUACUCUUCUGGAGAUGGGUGGUGACGAUGUUCAACAACUCUGCGAUGCCGGUGAAGAGGAGUUCUUGGAGAUCAUGUCCUUAGUCGGUAUGGCUUCAAAGCCCUUACAUGUGAGGCGACUGCAGAAAUCUCUCCAGGAAUGGGUAACCAAUCCUGGAAAGUUCAAGAUUCCUUUGAUACCGGGAGAAGACUUCGAGAUCGAGUUAUCCAGUCCGCGCGUUACCGGUGGUUACUAUUGCCUGGAACCCGUCAGUGGAGAUUCCACGACCAUCGUCUAUUCCCCAUCUCCAGUAGAAGUUCUCAACCAGAGUCCUGGGCUUUCCAUCAACAAGAGGCCUUAUUCCCCAUUAGACACACCCUCGUGCCCACCAUCCUCCAGCUCCAGCCCCGGAAGCAGCACUUCAUUAACCUCCACCCCCAUAUUACUAGAAUCCCAAAUAAGCAAGUUAGCUGUAGCCGCUGAGCGUCUCAGCAAACAUCUACCUCAGUUUGAACCCAAACCACAAAACACUAAGAAAAAGAUGUGCAAAGAAUUGGAGUUAGUUAUGUCGAUGCCAGAAACAGAUCCUCGUCGUAUGGACGAAAUUCGUCGUUAUGCUGCAAUUUAUGGACGUUUUGACUGUAAGCGACGCCCUGAAAAGCCGCUGACGCUACACGAAGUUUCCGUCAAUGAAGCCGCAGCUCAAAUCUGCCGUUUCAUCCCAGCAUUGUUGACGCGUCGCGAUGAGUUGUUUCCUUUAGCAAGACAAGUAGUCAAAGACUCAGGAUGUCACUACUCCAAGACACAUUAUUCUACAAUUUACAUGAACAGAAGCGCAAACCAUGAACGUGAUUUGAUGGAGAUGAUUAGCACCGGAAGAGGUACCACGAGACUUUCCAGUAUAGACAGCGAAUUGCCGCCAGCGAAGCGCCAAAGGUUUGACACCGACUCCGAGAGCGACGAGGUCAAGAGGCAGGAAAAAGGUGACGAAAACACGAGGCCUUCAAUCAUGUUGUAUCACCCCAAAUCACAUCAACAUAGAGAUAACCAAAGGUGCUCCUCUUUGGUCACAGAUGAUGAGACUGAUUCACACUUUUCCUUUAGCAACUCAAGUUCACCAUCUCAGGUGAGUGGACAUGAGCCGGAGAAUUAUCAGACUGAGAAUAGCAUUUGUCAGAGUACUGUGCAUGAAGCAAACGAUGCUGGUUUCGAAGAGUCUAGCAAGUUUUCCCCGAAAGUACAAGUGAUCGCUGCCAGUGGAGAUAACAUCAUCGCCGUCGCCAAUCCUGCACUCGCGAUGUCCCCGGCUAUACUGCCACUAGCGUUGGACCACAACAAGAUCUGCGAUUGAACGAGAGAGAACUGCAGAGAAAUCAUGAAUAAUUACACAUAAAUUGAUUCAUAUUUAUGACGUUUCCGACUGCUACAUAUAAUUUCCUCUUUUCUCCACACAGUAAUCAACAACGUUUGUGAUUUUAUUAUUUAUGUUAUGUUUACAUUUUACAAAUUUGAAGA